GUUAACCAGCACAGGUCGCACUUUGCCGUGGCAUUUAUUCAGUCACACGGAGCAACCCGAGCAUGAUGCAGGGACAAGCGGUUAUAUUAUAAAUAAUUUUUUUUUAAAUAACGGAACGUUAAAAAGCCGGCUUUAAAAUAUUUGUUUACGUACAAGACACAUGCGUUUGCAUAAAAGAACAAAAAAAAUUAUUCAAAUAAAAGUUUUACCUGUUUGUUUAACAAUUAAAAAAAAAAAAAGAAUUUUCUUUCUUUUUUGUGUGUUUAUUCAAUGUGAAUGUGAACAAUUUUUUAAUUUAAUACAUUCAAUAUUUGAAUGAUUUUUUUUUUUUUUUUGACUAUUGGAUAUAAAGUGACUUGAAAAAGUUGAUUUUUUUUUCACUUAAACUAUUGGCUGAUGGCUCAAAUUUUCGGCGGGAAAUUUUGAAACUUUCCCGUUGUGUAAAUUAAUAACUAAAGUACUGAAUAGUGAGAAAAAAAAUAAAAAUUAAUUUAAAAUAAUAUCCUAGUGGAUUUUUUUAAAUCUUUAAAGAAAAAAAAAAUAAAUAAAAAUGGUGUACGGUGGUUUUGAGAUGGAGACGAUGCCACAAACGGUACCAACAGCUGCAGGCUUUUCGCCGUCAUUUGACUAUACAACUUUUCAAUUUGAUUUAUCACUAUUACCAGAUGAUUAUAAUUCAUCAAUAUCACAAACAACAUUGAAACCAAUGCAAAUUAAACAAGAAGUACAUUCACCAAGAUCUGGAUCACCAACAACAUAUCCAAGUCCACCAUAUCCAGGUUUGAAUGGACAAUUAUCACCAAAUUAUUCAAUUGAUGCAUCACCUGGUUAUCCAACAAGUCCAUAUUAUGUACCACAAAGUCCACAAAGUGCACAAUUAUAUCCAACAAGCCCAGAACCAAUUAAACAACCUGUUAAAAGAGAAAAAAGUCUUGAUUUAUUAGCUAUACUUCAAGAAUCAAGAUUACUAGCAGAAAGUUUGGGAUAUAAAGAAGAUUCAACAGAUUGUACAGUACCAUGUACACCACCAAGAACAGAAGAAGACAUAUACAAUACACUUGAUACUGAUUUUUUUCCAAAACGUGAAGAAACAAAUUCACUAUUAAAAGAAAUACUAUUUAAAGAUGAUUGCUCUUCAAUAAAUUCAUCUUGUUCAUCACAAUCAUCAUCGUCAUCACUACCAUCAACAUCACCAUCAUCACCAAUUGAUUUAGAAACAUCACCAUUGAGAAGUUUAUUAUUUAGAGAUACACAAAAAACCAUCAAUCAAACAGCAAUAAUAAUACCGAAAAUUGAAAUAAAUGAUAAUGAUAUUGACAAUAAUAACAAUAAUAAUAAUAAUGAAAAUGAUAAAUUAUUAUUAAAAAAUUCAACAACAAAAAUAUGUACAAUAUUAAAUUUAAUAAAUCAAAAAAAUGAAAAAAAAAAAUUAAAUGAAGAUAAAGAUAUAAUAAUUGAAAUUGAAAAAAUAAAUAAAAAAUCAAAUAAUAAUAUAGAAAAAAUAAAUUAUAAAGAUGAUAAAAAAUGUGAUCAUCAAUUAUUACGUGAAGUUUUACGUGAUACUAGUUUUCAAAGAAAAUAUAAUUUACGUCCAGUUGAUCUUGGAAGUGUUGGUACUGGAUUUAUUGAAGAUAUGGAUAGUAAUGAAUGUGUUGGUGAUCUUGCUAGAGAACAAAUUGAGCCUGUAUUAAGUUUAGCAAUGCAACAAUUACAAAAAGAUUUUGAUAAUACAUGUGUUGCCCUAGGCAUUCAUCCAGAACCACGUCGUUGGAGUGCUGCUGAUGUCGCAGCAUGGGUUCAGUGGGCGAGAAGACAACUACAACUACCAUCAGUACCCCUGGAGAGUUUCAAUAUUGAUGGAGCAACAUUGGCAUCAUUGACUGAAGAUGAUUUUUGUCAACGUGCACCACAAUGUGGCAGUAUGUUGUAUGCACAAUUGGAAAUAUGGAAAGCAGCUGUUGAAGAAUCACCGAGGAACACAUUGGCUGCAUCAUGGAGUCCAACUGGUGUUGUACAAUCAACAAAUGAUAAUUCAAAUUCAACAGCAUCAUCACCACUUGCUAGUAUUGGACCAGCAAGUGUUACAGCAUCAUCAUGCAAUUUAGAUUUUAGUGAUGAUGAAGAUGAAGACACUAGCCCAGCUCAAAGUACAAACAGUACUGGAAAAAUGAGAAAUGGUGGAUCACAUAUACACCUUUGGCAAUUUUUAAAAGAGCUAUUACAAAGUCCUGGUGUUAAUGGAUCUUGUAUUCGUUGGCUUGAUCGUACAAAGGGUGUAUUUAAAAUUGAGGAUUCAGUUAGAGUUGCUAGAUUAUGGGGUAAACGUAAAAAUAGACCAGCAAUGAAUUAUGAUAAAUUGAGUCGUAGUAUACGACAAUAUUAUAAAAAAGGUAUUAUGAAAAAAACAGAACGUAGUCAAAGAUUAGUUUAUCAAUUUUGUCAUCCUUAUUGUCUUUAAAUAAAUAUAUUUAUUUAUUUUAACAAUAAGAAAAAUAUAUAUUUCGAAUAAUAUUAUUUCGAUUUUAGUUCUAUGUAUAAAUUAUCUUUGAACUUUAAUCGAGAUAUCAUUAUACAAUAAGGGCUUCUGGUUCUUUAAUUUUAAAUAAAGAACUUUGAAAGAAUAUUAUACUGGCCCAGUUGAUCAGUACAUCAUAAUAGCUUGUUAUUUUUUAUUUUUGAAAUACAAUAUAGAUGGAAAAAUAAUACGCGCAAAAGUAUCUUGUUGUUUUGAAACCAGUCAUUUUCUCUAAUGAUUCACAAUAAGUAAUACUUAUCGCAAAUCUCUAUGAACUUGUAAAAUAUUUUUUUCUUUUAUUUUCAAUGUUUUUUUUAUUUUUUUUUUUUUCCAUUCAAUAAUGUAGUUUAUCAUCGUUUGACUGCUUAUCAACUGGGCCCAUAACUCGAGUGCCUGAGCUAUAAAUUUAUUACGAUGAAAAAGAAAAAAAAAAUUACAGAAUAAAUUUUAUUCUUGUCAAGUAAUUUUUUAAAAAAUAUUUAUAAUAAAUAUUUAUUAUUCUUUCUUUUUCUAUUAUUAUAUUAAUUUAAUUAAUUAAUUUUUUUUUUUUGAAUUAUGUGUUUAUGCAGUUGGGUAAUACUCACAUAUAUUUGUUUUUUUUUAAUUUUUUUUUUGGCAAUUUUAAUUAAUUUAUAUUUCUAAUUAACAAUUUUAUUAUUUAUCUAACAUUUUAUGUGGGAGGUACGUCCCUCAUUAAAUGAUAAAAAGAAAAAAAAAGAUUAAUAAUAAUUUAAUUUAUUAUUGUUUUUUUAAAUUUCAAUACGAAUUUAGUAAUGAUUCGUUAAGAAACUAUUGUUUUAGCCUCGUAGAAUUUUUAUUCUCACGAUUGCUUGCUGACCCUGACCAAGUGCCCCAAGGUAAAAAAAAACUUAUUAAUUAUUAUUGAUUAUUAUUUUGUGAUUAUCAAUUAUUCAAUAAUAAUAUUUGUAAUUUUUUUUUACCAAACAUUGGAGUGAUUUUAGCGCGCGGAACUGUUCGCUGCUGCUUAAUCACCAUUGUUAUAUUUUUCUUCUUAUUAUUGUUAAAAAUAUAUGGAAAAAAAUUAUAACACAAUGAUUAUUUGGAGCUUUUAAAGCUUGGUUUUGUUCAGUGAUUUUGGUCCCAUAUAUCUAUGAUAUAUUAAUGAUUGUAUGUUCUAUGAACGAUUAGUACUUAAGAAAUGUUUUUUUUUUUUUAUUUACGAAUUAAUUUUGUAAGAAAAAAUUGACUCAGGUGAGUCAAAUAUCUCAAUUAUUAACAUGAUAAUUUAAUAUUUUUUAUUAUUUAUUAAUUAUUUUACUCAAAUUUAAUUGUUGUUAUUUUUUUUAACACUGUAAAUUUAAUUUUUAUUUUUAACUCAUGGGGGUUUUUUUCUGGUUUGUCCAUAUUAUUUUAUAGUUUAUUUUAAAUAAUUUUUUCCUAUUUUUUAUUGAUAAUUACUAUUAAUUUUUGUGUUUAAAUAUUUAAAUAAAUUAUUUAUGAGAUUAUUUUUAACAUUUAUACAUAUUAAAGAAAUUAUCUUCUCUACUAAUUAUCAAUUUAUCAAUUUGUAAAUAUAAAAAUUUUUUAUUUUUAAAUUUUCUUUUUUAAUUAUUAUAAUUAUAAUUACAUUAUUAUUUUUUUAUUUUUAUGGUUUUCUCGGAUAGACACAUUGUAAUGUGAAUCACAGUUUUAAAUAUGAGUUUAUAAUUAAUUAAUAAUAAUUUAUCUUUGUAAAAACUCAUAAAAUGUAAUUAAAAAAAGAAAAAAAAAAGGUUUUUUUUUUUUUUAGAAAUUAAGAUGGCUCAAAUCUUGUAAUAAAAAAAAAAAGAGAAAAAUUCAGUGCCUGAAUUAAAAAUCGUUGACUAAUGUAUUUGUCUGUUUUUAUAAAAGAAAUUAAAAUUUCUUUUUUUUUUUUUUGUCGUUGUACAGAAAAGUGUGGAAACGAUAUAAAUUAUAAUGUCUAAUUACAAAAUGAAUUGAUGGUUCGAAUAGCUAAGUUUGAAAAUAAAUUCAGUGAUGUUUAUAAGAAGCAACGAUUUAACAUAAUGGGAUCGUAAAGAGUAGAAGGAUACUUUGCUUGUUGGACACUUCAUGUUAAACAUUUAUUCAAUGUACACUCAACCUACCGCAAUAUUAUACAUUCGCAC